UCUCUCCGCCUCCCUGUGUAGGGGGUGGCGGGUGUCUGCAGCAGCAUUUAAAUUCUGGGAGGUCUAGCUGUCAGCAGCAAGAGGAGGAGACAGGACUGCAGCACCGUCUGGGACUGGACUCUCUUCUCAGGCCAGUGCCAGCCUUCUCAGCCAACCACAGACCAAGGAAAAAUCACUACCAUGAGAAUUGCGGUGAUUUGCUUCUGCCUCUUAGGCAUUGCCUACACCCUGCCAGUUAAACAUGCAGAUUCUGGCAGCUCUGAGGAAAAGCAGCUUUACAAAUAUCCAGAUGCUAUAGCCACAUGGCUAAAGCCUGACCCAUCUCAGAAGCAGAAUCUCCUAGCACCACAGAAUACUGUCUCCUCCGAAGAAACUAAUGACUUCAAACAAGAGACCCUCCCAAGUAAGUCCAAUGAAAGCCAUGACCACACAGAUGAUGCGGAUGAUGAUGAUGAUGAUGAUGAUGCAGACCAUGUGGAUAGCCAGGACUCGAUUGACUCAGAUGACUCAGAAGACGCUGAUCAUACUGAUGACUCUGACAAUUCUGAUGAGUCUCACCACUCUGAUGAAUCUGAUGAACUGGUCACUGAUUUUCCCACUGACUUUCCUGGAACCCCCGUUGUCACUCCAGCUCUGCCCACAAGAGAUACAUAUGAUGGACGAGGUGAUAGUGUGGCUUAUGGACUGAGGUCAAAAUCCAAGUUCCAAAGAUCUUUAAUCCAGUAUCCUGAUGCUACAGAGGAGGACCUUACAUCACAUAUGGAAAGUGAUGACAUGGAUGAUGCACACAAAGCCACCCUUGUUGCCCAGGGCCUGCAGGUGGCUUCUGAUUGGGACAGCCGCGGGAAGGACAGCCAGGAGUCAAGCCUGCUGGGUGAUCACAGUGUGGAAGCCGAUAGCCGCAAGUACUCCAAAGAAUAUAAGCUGACGGCAAUUGCUGAGAGCCAAGAGCAUUCUGAUGUGAGAGAUAGUAAGGAAAAUUCCAAAGCCAGCCAUGAAUUUCACAGUCAAGAAUUUCAGAGCCAUGAAGACAAGCUAGUCUUAGACCCUAAGAGUGAGGAGCAAGAUAAACACCUGAAAUUUCGCAUUUCUCAUGAAAUAGAAAGUGCAUCAUCUGAGGUCAAUUAAAAAAAUACAAUUUCUUGCUUUUAGUUAAAACAGAACAAAACACAUUAUUGCAGAGUGGGAAAGAAUAUGAAAUGCUUAUUUCUCAGCUUAGUUGGUGGGUGUAUAUGCAU